UGUCAGAAUACUGAAAGAAAAGAAAAAAAAAUCACAACAAACCCACGUGGGAGAUAAGGGAAGUGACGUUCCGUAUCAACCCGGAAAACGGCACAAACAACAGCUGGCGCUUUGGCUUUCCUUGAUACCUCGCUACAGAUUUAUCGACAAGGAUCACAGUGAACAGAAUGGCCACAGACUGGUUGGGUAGUGUUGUGUCUAUAAACUGUGGGCUGACGCUGGGAGUUUAUCAGGGAGAAGUGUCAUCAGUUGAUCACGCCAGUCAGACCAUCUCACUGAGACAGCCCUAUCACAAUGGGAUCAGAUGUCCUGUUCCUGAGGUCACUUUCAGUGCCAUGGAUAUCAAGGAGCUGAAGUUCCUAGAUAUCCACAACACAGUCAACAAGCCCGGCUCUGGCCAGGGAGCUGCAACAGAACCCAGCUUCAUACCUUCAGGACGCCAUGAUCAGAGAAUCACUCACCCUCAUGUAACAAGCAGCAGCUCUCAUUCCAGCACUGCUCCAAUCACCAUCCUGCGCAGAGCCCCUACAGGUUCAUCUAACAGCCGAGGGGCCACACAGGCCACACCAAAGAAAAACAGUGUGAGAAAUGGAGGUGCUGGGGGGUCGAUGAGGCCAAAGGAUGACGAGUGCUUCGGAGAUAGGACUGAUGAGGACAUGGGCACAGACUUUGACUUUGAGGGAAACCUGGCUCUGUUCGACAAAGCUGCCGUCUUCUCUCAGAUUGAUGGGACCAACAGCAAUAGGGCACAGCAUCACAGCACACAGGGCGAACAGAAGCCCCUGUCCUAUCGCCAUGAUGAGAAUAUUCUGAAGGUGAAGCCCGUUAUAUACCGGCAGAUUACAGUGCCCCAGCAUGGGGGCAAAGAGUACUGUACCGAUUCAGGCUUGGUGGUUCCCAGCGUCCCCUAUGAGCUUCAUAAGCGUCUGCUAGCAGCUGCAGAGCGCUGGGGCCUGUCUCUUGAGCGCAGGCUGGAGACGAUAGGUGUUUGUUCCAGUCAGAUGGCUCUCACUCUGCUGGGCGGACCAAACAGACUCACCCCAAAAAAUGUCCACCAGAGGCCCACUGUGGUCCUUCUGUGUGGGCCACACAUCCAGGGAGCCCAGGGCAUCAGCUGUGGUAGACACUUGGCAAACCAUGAGGUGGAGGUCAUCCUGUUCCUGCCCAACUUUCUCAAAAUGCAGGAGUUGGUCACCAGUGAGGUCAACCUCUACAGCAGGACCAGCGGCAAGCAAGUGGCCAGCAUCAAAGACCUGCCAGCAAGCCCUGUCGACCUGGUCAUCAACUGCCUGGACUGCCACGAGAACCAACUGCUGAGGGAGCAGUCCUGGUACCAAUCAGCCGCCGACUGGGCCAACCAGAACCGGGCUCCAGUCCUAAGUAUCGAUCCUGCAGUCAGCGAGCAGCAUCAGACCGUCGAGGCGAAGUGGACCCUCUCUUUGGGCCUUCCACUACCUCUACCCAAGACGGACAGCAGGGUCUACCUCUGUGACAUUGGCAUCCCUAAGCUAGUUUUCCAGGAAGUUGGAAUCCGCUACCACUCACCCUUUGGGUGUAAAUUUGUCAUUCCUCUGCACCAGGCAUAACAGAGUACUCACUGACAGUGCACUUAGUUACAAACGGACAAUAGGAGGGAAUGGUCUGCUUUUCCACAGUGGGUAAAGGUACCAUUGUGUAUGUGGUAAUGGCUGAAGAGCAACUACAUGACCAAAACAGUAUUUUGUUAAAACAUUUAGGUAAGUGUUUACAAUAUAAUUUCAUGACACGUCUGAAAGAUUAUGGUGUAGCUUUUUCGCUUACCCGCAGGAAACUCCCAGGGUUUGCUGCAUGUUGCGUGCGACACCUCAUGUUUUUGAGAGGGAAAGGUUUCCUGUUCUUUGGUGUGUUUUGAUAAGGGCUCUGUGACGAUGUGAAUAUGUUUACAAAAUGCUGACCACUGUGAGUCUAUCUAUGACCUCUGACCCUGUGACCAGUCAGAGCAGCAGAGACACAGUUCCUGUUUCCUCCUUUAGAUUGCAUGUGGAGUCUGAUCCUGACCCCGUGACUGGGAGCACAACUCAGCCUAAAGCUGUCUGCCAACCCAAUUCUGCCAUUCAUCUGCCCCACAGUUGAUGUCCAUAUCCAUUGUCUUUCAAUUUAAUGCAGUUUUUUUACUUACUCAAAUGGGUGUGUUUUGUCUAGAAAUGGUUGUAGCAUGUUUCACUGAAAAGGUGAUAUUACACAGAAUCUAUAUUUGUAUUUAUUUUUGGAAUAUGUCUCAGGAAUAAUGAAUGAAAAAUGUUAUAUUUGCAUUUACAUUAUAUCUGAUAGCAUUCUUUCUGUACUGUUGGGUGUCCUGAGUUUAUACCUACAGACACUGAAAAUUAAAAGUGGUAGCAGACACCCCGAAGGAUUCAUUUUCUGUAUUUCUGAAGUCUUGCAGAUUAGAUAGGAAUUUGAAGAACACAUUCCAAGGACCAAAACCAUUUUGUACCAGGUUCAUCUCUAAUAGGUAGUUUCCCAUUUCCCAUUUUGACACAUCAGAUUCAGCCACCUUCAGUGAAAUAACCACUCCAACCAACUUCCUCUCUUUUGGUCAGCAUAGUGAUCUUCUGUAUAAACCUCAGAUCAGCAAAAUGUCAACUUUACAAGAACAAAGAAAACAGCCUUAUGUUAGACUGGCAGCUAUGCACUUUUGAAAUUAUACAGGUAGUUUUUUUUAAGAGCCCUUAAGUCCCUGUGGCAUUAACUUCUUUUCCAAAAAACUACAAAAAACUUAUAAAUAAGUUCAAAAAAUAAGUUAUAAAUGACAGAUUGAUAGGCUUUGCAGGGUUCUCACUUAACAAAUGUCUUCACUUUGGAUUUAAUGAAUCCUUUAAUGUACUUCCUCAAACAGUAGUCUCUGAACACAUUUCUGUUUACAGUCCUUUUACUAAUGUGUGAUGGAGGGUGAUCAAUUUUGUUUAAAGCAGUGGCCGUUCUGCCACAAAUAGUAAGAAAUAAUCAAGGAAUUUGUGGUGAGUUUUUAAACUGGGGGAUGAUGAAGCUUAAUCUGUUGGUGCUUCUGCAAAGUUCUAAAUAAGACAUCAGAAUAUUAAUGUAAAUGAAAUAUGUAAUAUGUAAUAUUCGCCUGAGAGCCUCCACUCAGGGAAACACAGGCAGGUUAAGACACUGCAGCCUCUUUUUCUGUGCUGUCUCAGAACCACUAUUCUUUUUCUUCAUUCCAGCUAAAUGAAACAAAAUUUCAUCAUGAAAAAAAGUGUUUGAUAGUUUGACUGGGGAGGAGUCUCAUCUUGAAAACAUUGCAUGGUGAAUUUAUUUCUGAUGGGUUUGCAUCUCAGUUUUCACAAGUAUAGUCAAGUCUGGAAAACCUGGGAAAUAUUUUGUACUUGAGGUUUGUACACGCCGCUGAUGUGAGCGCAAAGUACCUUUUGUAAGCCUGUUAAAGAUAACCUAUGGAAAAUGUGAUCUAAAAACAUGUUUUUAAAUGUAUCUAUACAAAUUCAGUUGCUAUAAAGUGACAGUGGGUGCUGCUUUAUACACAAAUAAAAAAAUAUUGCAAACAC